AUGAGGAAACUGGGGCCCAAAGAGGUUAAGUGUUUUGGCCAAAGUCAAACAGCUAGGGCCAUGUGCACCCUGUUUCUGUCUCUGUUCCCUCAUGUGACUAAGACACUGUGGUUUAAUCUGGAUCGACCCUGUGUGAAGGAGACAGAGCUGCAGCAGCAGGAGCAGCAGCAGCAGGCCUGGCUCCAAAGCAUUGCAGAGAAAGACAACAACUUUGUACCUAUUGGAAAUCCAGCCUCAGAUCACUACGAUGAGGAGGAGGAGGAGGAGGAGGAGGAGGAGGAGGAGGAGGAGGAGGAGGAGGAGGAGGAGGAGGAGGAGGAGGAGGAAGAGGAUGAAGAUGAUAAGAACAGUGAAGAGGAUUCAGAAGAUGAUGAUGACAUGCAAGACAUGGAUGAGAUGAAUGACUAUAAUGAGUCCCCUGAUGAUGGAGAGGUCAACGAAGCAGACAUGGAAGGCAACGAACAGGAUCAGGACCAGUGGAUGAUCUAG